AUGCGAGCAGCCCUCGCCUGCACCCUGCUCCUAUCAAUAGCAAGCGCGCUCCGCCCGCCGCCGCGCAAGCGAUGCAUCAACCCAUCACAGACGGCACUCCAGGCGCUACCGGUGCAACGCGUGGGCCUCGCCGCGGCGCGCGCGCGCUUCGCGGCGCAGUGGCCGCUCUACGCAACCAUACCAAUGUGCGCGGGCCUCUUCAACGCGCUCACGAACAAGCUGGCGGUGACGAUGAUGUUCUUCCCGAUCCGGCGGCGCGGUUUUGGCUUGCUGGGCUGGCAGGGCGUCGUGCCCAAAGCCGCGCGGCGCAUGGGCGGCGACGUCUCCGACCUGCUCACCAAGGACCUGCUGAACGUGACCGAGGUCUUGCGGCGGGUCGACCCAGAGACACUUAGCCAGAGAUUAUGCACGCCGGCGCUCGUGGAACUCGGCAAACGGCUCGUGAAGGACGAGGUCGAACUAGCGUCGCCGCUGGUGACGCCGGCGCUGGUCCGGCGCGUUAUACAGAGGUGCGUCGCGCGCGUCCAGGGCGACGUCGACUCGUUCGUGGACGUGCGCCACCUCUGCGUCGAGCGACUUACAAAAGAUCCAUAUCGAUUAGUGCGCCUCUUCAAGACGUGCGGCAAACGGGAGCUCGACCUCGUCGUGAGCGUCGGCGGCUGGGGCGGCUUGGGGCUGGGCCUGGCCCAGAUGGGCGCCUGGGCGGCGUUCCCCUUCUCGUGGACGCUGGCCGCGGGGGGGGCUCUCGUGGGCCUCGUGACGGACUGGGUCGCACUACAAUUACUUUUUAGACCCGUGGAGCCGCGGCGGUUUUUGGGAGUGAUGUGGCACGGGUUCUUCCUGCGGCGGCAGGCCGAGGUGAGCCGCGACUUCGCGGCGUUCGUGGCCGCCGAGUUGGUCGCGCCGCGGCACCUCUGGCGCGCAUUGUUGGAGGGGCCCCGUUCAUCACGUUUCGUGGAGGCCCUCGCGGACGCGUUCGCCGAGGAGCUGCCGGGUGGGCUGGGGGCGGUCGGCGGCCCGCUGCGCGGCGCGCUCGAGGCCGCGGCGGCGCGGGGCGUCGCGGCGGUCGCGGCGGACCCCGCGGCCUACACGGACCCGUCGGCCGACUACGUGGCGGGCGCGCUCGACGUCGCGGGCGCCGUCGGCGCCGCGCUCGAGGCGCUGCCCGGGGCGCGCUUCGAGCGCGUGCUCCACCCCGUCUUCGAGCAGGACGAGGCGACGCUCAUCGCCGUGGGUUGUUUGUUAGGGGGCCUCGUGGGGCUCGCGCAGGUGCCGCUCUAUUAA